UGAUUGCUAGAACCUUCUACUCAAAUCUUGAAUUUCUCUGCAUAUAUAAAAUCCCAUCUCCAUUCUUCCACGCACAGCAGAAAAAGCGAAAAUCUUCAGUAGCCAUGGCGAAACGUUUGAUACCAACACUUAACAGGGUUUUGAUCGAGAAAAUUACAGCUCCUGCCAAAACAAGUGCUGGUAUUCUUCUCCCUGAGAAGUCCUCUAAGCUGAAUUCAGGGAAAGUAGUGGCUGUUGGACCAGGACUUCAUGACAAGACAGGGAACUUGAUACCUACUGCUGUCAAGGAAGGUGACACCGUCUUGUUGCCUGAGUACGGUGGUACUCAAGUCAAGUUGGGGGAGAAAGAAUUUCAUUUGUACCGGGAUGAAGACAUUUUAGGGACACUGCACGACUGAGCACCGCGUUUGAGUUUUCAUUCACAUUGACGUUGUUGAGGUUUUUAUUCAAUGGGAGGUUAAUUUCAAGGAUGUUUUUGGUUUAAGCAUUCGAAAUUGUGUUUGAUUGAUAUCUAAUGCAAUGAUAGUUGAAUAACUCCAUUCGAAUUGUGUUUGAUUGAUAUCUAAUGCAAUGAUAGUUGAAUAUCUC